CUUUGAAUCUUCUCAGAAGCGUAGGGUACAAUUCAACAGCAUAGCAGUCCUGCGUUGUGCUUCAGUUGCAUGUUAGCCGGGAAUCUUCAACAGCCAGAUAAAGCCACUGUGAUCCAUUGAGAACUGUAGAAGGGCUUAUUCUUGGGUCUCUAGAUCUUUGCAAAGAACAUACAAGCAUGGCCCACCCCAAAAAACUCACUAUUGCGAUUCCAGAUGCACAGAUCGCUGACCUGAAGUCCAGGUUGAGUCAGACUCGCUGGCCUGAUCAACUUGAAGGUGUGGGAUGGGAGUACGGAUCGGAGCUCAGUUACGUGAAGGAACUCGCAGAUUACUGGCAGAACACCUUUGACUGGAAGAAGGCUGAGGCAUCCUUGAACUCCUUUGCCAACUACGAGAUGCGGGUGAAUGGGAUCGAGCUGCACUUCAUCCACGAGCGCUCGUCAGAUCCCGACGCCAUCCCCAUCCUGCUGUCGCAUGGCUGGCCAGGCAGCGUUUUCGAGUUCUACAAGAUCAUCAGGAAGCUCACCACGCCAGGUGCAAACGGGGGCAAGAAGCAGGCCUUCCAUGUGGUGGCGCCCUCGCUGCCGGGCUACGGCUUCUCAUCGGCCCCGACAAAGCCCGGGUUUGGACUGAACCAGAUCGCGGCCACCUUCGACGAGCUCAUGGUCAAGCUGGGCUACACCAGCUACGUCGCUCAAGGUGGCGACUGGGGCAGCGCCAUAACCACGGUGCUGGGCGCGCUGCACUCGGAACACUGCAAGGCCAUCCACAUCAACGGCUGCUUCGCGCCCCCAAGCCUAUUAAACCCCUGGCACCUGGCCCAGAUUGCCAAUGCGAGCCUGCCGAUCGCCAACCGGUUCCCCGUUUUCAUCAGCUUCCAGGAGAUGGCCUGGAUCAAAACCUAUCAAGAGUUCGUGGCCAAGGAGAGCGGGUACUCCAGCAUCCAGAGUACCAAGCCUCAGACGCUCGGCUACGCACUGAAUGACUCUCCAGUCGGGCUGAUGGCGUGGAUUGUGGAGAAGUUCCGCACAUGGAGCGACUGCGGCGGCGACGUGGAAAGCCGCUUUACUAAGGAUGAGCUGCUGACUAAUGUGAGCCUGUACUGGUUCAACCAGAACAUCACCUCCAGCACUCGCCUGUACUACGAGGCCAUGGGACCCUUCGCGAAGAUCUCCCCCCGAGGCCCUGUCAAGGUGCCCUCGGCUGUGGCAAACUUCCCCAAGGAGCUGUUCUCCUCGCCCAAGGCCUGGGCGGCCUCCAGUUACAACCUGAAGCAGUGGUCAUACUUCCCCUCGGGCGGCCACUUCGCAGCGUUGGAGGAGCCUGAUUUGCUGGCAGAGGACGUCCAGAAGUUCUUUGCCGAGUACCACUGACCUGUCUUAUGUGAUUGAGGGUACCGUACACACUUUUCCUGCCAAGAGGCAAGGUGCGUCCUGCGGACAAGCUGCAGUCUAAAGGCUGCACAAACCCUACCCCUUGAAGGACUCGCCAGACCCAAGCAAGACCCGAUCAAGCUGUGGGCAAGAGACUGUGCUGUGCUGUAAAUGGGGUUGGUCUCAGGUCUGUUUUGUUUCGAGGAUAUUUCAGAUGCAAUUCUGCUGUUCGAGACAUUUGCAGAGAUUUUGUAGAGACAUUGGCUUCCAUAUCCUAAUUUGCUCCUUUCCUGAUGCAACCAUUGCAACACAUACGCAGCAUCAGUGUCGACAUGCAAUUUACAUAUAGUGUGUCAUGGGUGCAUUACUUGGGGCACUACACGUGGCCCGCAUGGUGUGGGCAUUCCAUGAAUUGAUGCAGUGAACAGCAUAGUAUGAAGAAUCUAGGGCCUCUUCUUGCCUGCAACGCAGGGUUUGACAGCUCCCCAGGGCCCCCAAAGGGAUUGGCCAACCUGCUCCAGGGCUAGGGGCAAGGUUUCAGGGCAGCCCCAGGAUAAAUUCAGAUUUGGCCAGAUGUAAUCAGGGCAAUGCUCUG